UCAAGCACAAGCAGAAUAUCACAUUGAUACGACAAGAUAUCACACAGCGCCUACUCAACUCGUUCAUGCAACCUCCCAACAAUUUCGCUGUAUAUACUAUCCCAACCUAGCCUGCAGCCGCUGCUCCUUUCACACUUGCUGAUCCAGGAGACUUGCCAUGGCUGCUGCGACGUUGCUCUUGGUGCUCACGGUCAUCGCCCUCGGCUCCGGUCACGGCCAGGCUUUCGACCCUAACCCUCUCCAAGACUUCUGCGUCGCCGACACCAUGUCCAAGGUGCGCGUGAACGGGGUGCCGUGCAAGGACCCGGCGGCGGCGGUGGCGGACGACUUCUUCUUCGCCGGCGUGGACAAGCCCGGCGGCGGCGCGGCGAGCAAGCGCUUCGGGUUCUCGGCGCUGACGGUGCAGAUCCCGGGCCUGAACACGCUGGGCGAGUCGCACGCCCGCGUGGACGUGGCGCCGGGGGGCGUCUUCCCGCCGCACUACCACCCGAGGGCGGCGGAGACGGCGCUGGUGCUGGAGGGCUCCGUCUACUUCGGCUUCGUCUCCUCCUACCCGGACAACCGGCUCUUCGCCAAGGUGCUCCGCAAGGGCGACGUCUUCGCUGUGCCGCAGGGGCUCGUGCACUUCCUCUACAACAAUGGCACCGCGCCGGCGGCCAUCUACGCCUCCCUCAGCAGCCAGAACGCCGGGCUGGUGCUCCUCGGCGACGCGCUCUUCGCCGGGGCCAUCCCCGACGACCUCCUCGCCAAGUCGCUCCUCACGGACAGAUACACCGUCGGGAGCAUCCGGGCCAACUUCCGGCGGCCUUGAUGCAUGGCCGGCCACGCUGUUCCGAUCUCCUUGUAUCGCAUUCUUCGUAAUUUCUGCGGGCACAAUGAUCUGUAGCCGUUUCUUUGCGAUAAGAAACAUCUGCGCCGGAUUUCGAAAUAAAAUAUCGGCACUUGUAAUGAGCGAACGUUCGCCCUCUAA